CUGUUUUAAAGCUGUAUUCGAGACAUUCUAUUUCAUUGUGGAAAUUCUUUCAUUUUCCUGUCUAAUAUACCUGCUAUUACACCGACAAGGCCUCUCGGAGCGGUCUUUUUCUUUAUUACCCAGUACAUACAAGUUCGAAGCGUAAGAGGGGUCCUGGGACUUCCCCCACCGUCAAGAUGGUGAACAUUACGGAGAAAAUCAAAGAGAUUGAGGAGGAGAUGCGCAGGACGCAGAAAAACAAGGCCACAGAAUACCAUCUUGGUCUGCUCAAAGGAAAACUGGCCAGGCUAAGAGCACAGCUGCUGGAGCCCACCGGCGGCGCCGGCGGUGGCGGCACAGGGUUCGACGUGAGCAAGAGCGGCGAUGCCCGAGUUGCUCUUGUAGGUUUCCCAUCCGUCGGUAAAUCGACGUUCUUGUCCAAGAUCACCAAGACCAGGAGCGAGGCUGCCGCGUACUCGUUCACGACACUCACUGCCAUCCCCGGUGUACUGGAGUAUGGCGGUGCAGAGAUCCAGAUUCUCGAUCUUCCGGGUAUCAUUGAAGGCGCUGCUGAGGGUAAGGGGCGAGGACGACAGGUCAUCUCCGCAGCGAAGACGAGCGAUCUAAUCCUCAUGAUCCUGGACGCUACAAAACGCGCCGAACAGCGGGCCCUAUUGGAAGCAGAACUAGACGCCGUUGGGAUCCGUCUCAACAAGGAGCCCCGCAACAUCUACCUCAAAGCCAAAAAGGCCGGUGGCAUGAAAAUCACCUUCCAGACAACCCCCAAGAACCUCGACGAGAAGAUGAUCUUCAAUGUCCUAAGAGACUACAAGAUCCUCAACUGCGAGGUCCUAGUGCGAGACGAGAACGCGACAGUCGACGACUUCAUCGACGUCAUCAUGAAAGACCACAGAAAAUACAUCAGAUGUCUCUACGUCUACAACAAAAUCGACAGCGUCAGCCUCGACUUCCUCGACAAGCUCGCCCGCGAACCCCACACAGCCGUGAUGAGCUGCGAACUCGAUCUAGGCGUGCAGGACGUCGUCGAACGCAUCUGGACUGAACUGCGCUUGAUCAGAGUAUACACUAAACGGAAAGGAGAAGACCCCGAUUUCUCGGAGGCGCUGAUCGUGCGCAGCAACUCGACCAUCGAGGAUGUCUGCGACUCCAUCCAUCGGACGCUGAAGGAGACGUUCAAGUAUGCGUUGGUUUGGGGGGCGAGUGCGAGACAUAUCCCGCAGCGGGUGGGACUGGGUCAUGUUGUGGCGGACGAGGAUGUGGUUUCGAUAGUGGCCAAGUAGGCUGGGACAUAGUAUGCUAGGAUAUUAUGAAUGAACGAAUCCGAGAUUUGAA